AUGGAGGAUCUGGCUGUCUUGGACCUGUUGGAGUGUCCUUUGUGUAUGGAGCCUUUGGAGGAGUCUGCCAAGGUCUUGCCGUGCCAGCACACGUUCUGCAUGGCAUGCCUUCAGCAGCACGAGGCUUCACACCCUCAUCAGAUGUGCUGUCCAGAGUGCAGAGCUGCUGUUCCAGGAUCAGUGCAGGAGCUCCCUGCCAACCCGCUGCUGCUGAGACUCCUCGAGAGCCUCCAGGAACGGGGUCCGCUGUGCGCACCGAGGGACAGAUCCAUCAGAUAUAUCAGCUCUGCAGUCCAGGAGGACCUUUUAAGCAGUCGCAUUCAAGAUCUGCCCAAAGCGGGGCAGUACACACAGGGGGUGCAAGCUCAAGCUUUAUAUGAUUUCCAGGGAAAUGCACCUGGAGAGCUGACGAUGAAGUCAGGUGGCAUCAUUCAUCUGCGCUGGAGAGUAGAUGAUAACUGGUAUUAUGGCGAAGGCAAAGACAGCAGCGGUCUGGUUCCAGUGGAUGUGGUGCGGGUCAUAAGUGCGCAGCCGCAGCCGCAGCCGCAGCCGCAGCCGCUGGCCCUCUGCAGAGCACUUUAUGACUUCAAUGCUAACAGUCUGGAUACGGACGACAGCAAGGAAUGCUUAAACUUCUUCAAGGGAGACAGCAUUACUCUUAUUAAACAAGUGAAUGAAAAUUGGGUCGAGGGCAAACUUGGAGACAAAGUUGGGAUUUUUCCUUUGGAGCUCACAGAGCUGAAUCCGGCGGCGUACGAGCUUCUGGAAAAACGCAAAAGGAGAGACUCGGUGGAAUCGCACCCACGGAGCGGCGGCAGGGUCAACGCCGAUGCUUGCGUCCCCAGGCGGAUCGCUGGAGCGUCUCACAAGUCGGCCAGGCCUCCAAAUGUCAGUCUGCUGAACAGCCUGAACUAUCCUCCCUUCAGCCAGAGCCAGCAGCCGCUUCACAUCAGCUCCAGCGCACAGCCGUCCUCCGGCAAGACACCACAACUCGCCACGUUUAACAAGCCACGUCUGAGGAGCUCUCACAGAAACUUGCCUAAGAGAGACAGAACAAUGAGUGGUGAAAGUCCGCCGACCAUCACCAUGGCACUGAUUAACCCUCAGGCGUCCCCCCUGCCGUCAGAGAGCAAGAUGUCUGCCACCCAGCAGCUCUCCAUCAGUGUGUGUGCGGCGCUGUAUUCCUAUACGCCUCAUCACUCUGAGGAGCUGGAACUGAGGAAGGGUGAAAUGGUGGGGGUUUAUGGGAAAUUCAAAGAGGGCUGGCUGCGUGGACUGUCUCUCAGAACAGGCAAAGUAGGGAUCCUGCCGGCUAACUAUGUUACACCUGUGCUCAGAACAUCUGCAAGGUUUCUUGAACAAACCAAACCUGCCAUUCCUAAUACAAGUACAGUGUCAACAAAACGCCACACCCCACACAAGCCGCAAGCUGUUGUCCUGGCCCUAGACAAAGUAAACGCAGACACUCCUUCAACUACAAUGGCUUUGAUGCAAUCUGCCAGUCCUGGGAGAGCGCCGCAGCUGGGUGGAAAACAGGGAUGGAGCACAGUGAGACGCACCCUCCACACCACACACAGGGGCUUGCCUCAUCACGGAAACUACAAUUCAAAUUCCAUCGUAAGCCUUCAGCCUCCACCUCAGGAUUUGGGGCAGAUCUAUACUUUCGGUCGUUCACCUGUGCUUCCCAAAAAGAGAAACGGUUUGUUCUCGAACCCUAUGAAGGUGCAGCAUUGGGCAUAUGAAACCACAGCUCCCUCUGCUGGUGGAUAUCAAACGGUCAGCAGGGACCCGGUCCAGAAAGAGGCCACCGCAGCGCCUCAGUCCAUUCUGGUCAAACCAGACGCUCAUAAGCACAAUACAGAGAAGCCAGUAAAGUCAGUGCGGUUCCUGACUCAUGAUGCUCCUCAGACAUCAAAAAUGGCAUCUGCAGGACAAAUCUCUAGUUCCCAGCCUGGUCUUUCGGCUCUGGACCACUGGAACCCUUCAGCCAUCUUGGGUCGGGAUGGAAGUACAUUAGUUCUUAAAGACACAAAAACACUCGUACCCAGAAAGAGCGCAGGCCCGGAUCAUGCUUCUAUGGACUGCCUCUCGUUAAAUAUGAAGCCAGUACUGAUCAACAACCAGCCCGGCUCUAAUCACAUUAAUCGAUUGUCAUAUCAGAGAAUACAGACUGAAGCAGAACUAAAACAUGUAUAA